AGGUUGCUCUUUCAAAUGGUAUGUUAUAAAGAAAAUGAUGAUUUGAAACACGCACGAAGACAAUCAUAAAAACAAGUGGUUGAUCAAUUUUGGAACGGUGAAAAAUGACAGGCUUUUAUCAUUUCUUAAAUAAAAACUGAACAGACUGAAAUUUUGACCUGUGAUUUGAUGUAUCAAUGCGAGAUAUUAUGGGCUAAGUUACGGUGAAAACCAGACCAUUCUAGCUUAUUUAACUUUUGAGAUAUGAAUAAAACAAAAAAAAUUCAAUCAGAUGGUUGAUCAAUUUUGGUAUCCACUGUAUAUGUUAAUGACUUGUUUGUGUCAGUCGCUAUCAUUGAAUAAAAUGAAUAGAUGACCUCGAUGAAAAAAAAUAGCGUAGAUACAUAGUCCAGUUAGUUUACUAAUGACUUUUUUCGUCAAUAUCUAAUAUUAUUUUCAUCGAUAGUCAUGUCUUAUUCAUGCGAAAAUGAAGAAGUCAUGUUGAAGAAAGGUAAACGUAAUAUUUACUAUAUAAAAACUGAUGUAAGUUUAUUCAUAAAUGCUUAGUAUAAUAUCUACAGUACCUUGACGUCAAAUUGAGGAUAAAGGUGUCUCGUUAAUUAUUUCUCCUUCAAUGUUUUUUUAUUAUUUAGUGACCAUACUUUGGUGUUUGCUAGAGGACACCGUGGACUAUCAAAUUGUAUACUAAUAUCAGUUAACCAUUGAAUUGACUUUACAGAGCGAAUAAACAAAAAUGUAUGUCGAAAAAAGUGUGACAUGAAAUUUAUAAAUUUUUAAAACUUAUUUAUUUGACAUAGAUAAAAACUGAUUUACAUGAAAAUUAACAUCUUUAGUGACUAAUAACUACUUUAGUCACCAAGUUCAGAAGUGUUAUUCGAAAGGUUUCUAUUUAAUAAAAGAUUAUUCAAUGUUAUAUUAUGCAUCCAUAUUUAUCUCAUUACCUUCGUCUUCAUGGUUUUCUUUUUUGUCUACUACUUCGUAUUUGUUUGCAUUCUUUCUAUUAUCUAUAGACCCAUCCAACAAAGGAUAACUGUCAAUUAGCAUAUGGUAGUAUUAAUGAACAUGUAUAAUCAUUGUUUUCGCUUCCUUCCGCACUAUUACUGUUACGAUUGUCAGAAUCGAUGGCUAUUUCUUUCAUAACUAAGCAAAUCAGAAUAGUUAAAUAAAUCGCUAUUGGCAAAUGAUAGCUGCUCUGUGUGGGUAUAUUAUAGAACUGUAAAACUAUAAUAAACACUUACUAAUAAGUACAUCUUUUGCUAAUAACACGAUAUUAUGUUGAAAAAAUUAUUCAAGAAAAACGUUCAGAUGGUAUUUUACUUAGUUUUGAUGAACAAGCAGCAUUAGAUUGUGCUAUUGAAUUACAUCAAUUAGGUAUUCUUAAAACAUAUUCAUUCAAUGUAUUAGGUACACUCAUUGAAUCAAUUCAAAUAGCUAAAGAUCGAUUUUUAUUUACACAAAAAAUGGCUUCUAUUGGAGAAAAAUUUCUUCCCUAUGAAAUUGUUAAUUUGAUUGACGAGGCAUUGAUAUCAGCUGAAAGACUUGGUUAUCCAGUUCUUGUUCGUGAUGCUUCUGCACGGGAUAAUCUUCCAUCAAGCUUUGCCGAUAAGCCUGAAAAAUUAAAAUCUUUAUUUACUUCAGUCUUAUCUGGUUCAUCACAAUUAUUCAUGAAUAAAUCAGUCAAAGGUUGA